UAUACGACAAGCCUGUUUUUCGAUUAAUCGAAUACCCAACCCUAGAUAAUACUAAUCUAUGGCCUGACUCGGGUCUGACACAAAGACAAUUUCGAAAAACAACAACAUUAAUGUUUGGUUACGAGUGAAAAAAAGUUAUUUUUUCGAUAUGGCCAACCCUCGGAAGUUCAGUGAGAAAAUCGCUCUGCACAACCAGAAACAAGCGGAAGAGACGGCGGAGUUCGAGAAAAUAAUGAGGGAAGUCUCAGACGCAACAAACAAAGGUAGUGCUUAUAAAAGACAGCAACUACAUAUCAACCAGUGUCUUGGAACAUUUCGUGCUGGUUCGCUUCCAAAUGUUAACAAAGUCAUGAUGUCCGCUCAGUUGGAAAUUAAGUCCGCUUUAAGUUGUAUGGAUGAACUCAAAUCGCCGCAAGGGAAAAAUCACACGUACAGGGAGCGUCCAAGAAGUGCCGUCGGACCCAUGCGCUCGAGGCCAGCUGAAAAACGGAUAGACACAUCACCGUAUAGUGGACCAUACUUGUCGCCUCCUCCUGAUACACCAUGGCGCCGGACUCAUAGCGACUCUUCCCUGCACACAAGUUCACACGAUAGUAACACGUAUAGAAAAGGGACUCUUGAUUGCCAUACUCAGCUGGAUGACUAUGAAACUUCAAGGAGAUUAUGUUCUGCUUCACCUGAAGUUAGGCCGAGAUCAGCUGUGGAUAUGCCUCGUGUUCCUGGAAUAAGUAUUUAUCCAUCAACACAGGAGCCAGGAACGAUACAAAUUCCUAUCGGGAAUAACACAGGAUCCUUGCCAGACUUGACUAGUUUUCACUUUCCGUCUCCGCUCAAUACUCCACUCGACCAUGAGGAUCAUAACUCACAGUUUACACACAGUGGACAUUCAGGAUCUCCUCGAAGUCUUUCUCCUCAACCUUUAAUGAGAAGUGGGAGGUUUAAUUAUGUUAGUACUCCUCCUAAUGAGGCCCCUGGACCACCUAUGGCAAUGAAUCAUAUAAAUCAUACUAACCAACUUUCUGUGCCCUCAGAUGAGACCUAUAAAUACCAUCAUCAUUAUAAGGGUCGGCCUCAUAAUACUUACCAAUGGCACCAACUUGGCUAUCUCCCACCCAUUUCAUCCAUACAGCAGACUUAUAGUAAUCAGGGAGCACCAGCAAUUCAGACUGAAGCCAAUUCACAUCAAUCUACUUUAACAAGGACAAGUCCUCAACAUAUGCCUCAGUCUCUUACUGUUUAUAAAUUCAGCAGUUCAAGCCCUUGUAGCAGCUCACCUCAAAGCCCACCAUCACCAACCAAUGCUCAGUGUACCAUGAAUUCUAAUCCUGACCAUAAUAGUUAUUUUAUUGGCCAAACUAAUGCACUUCAACACCACUUUGAGCAAUUUUCUAUGAUAGACUCACCUGCUGGCAUUAAUUUGGAUUACAUUGGUUCUACCAACUCUUCUUUACAGACUGAUGAAAGUUGUCCGAAGACUCGAAAUCACGAGUUGACUCCUGAUCCUGGCUACUUUAGUACAUCGCCGUCUCAGCAUAAUGCUUAUGUCCGAGGAGCACCUGAAACAACAACACCCAAUACUCCGUCCAGUAUACCUGAUAUAAUCUUUACUGAUUUCUCAAACAGUGAUGAGCUUACCAAGGAUUUUGCAGUCACUAUGGUGGACUCCUUAGAUCAAGAUUUAUUUCCCUCUGAUGAGUGUUUAAGAGAGGGCUUAGAUCCGAUUGACUUUGAUGGUUUACAGAUGCUUACAGAUCCAGAAAUAAUAACAGAUCCUGCUACAGAAGACCACCUCAGACUAGAUAGACUUCUAUGACCAUUAAAGGAAACUAUAAACAGAGGAAAAUGCUGCUGCUGUGAAAUCAUUGCAGAAAUUUGUCAUCUUUACAAGUUAUUCAAUUCUAGUUUGUAAUAUAAGAUAACACAAAUUGUUUAUUAGUCAUUUUUUAAAUUUUAUAAGUAUUGGCCAAAAGAUGAUUGCAUAUGGUUUUGUUUUGAGUUACCUGUUUAGUUUUUCCUUGUUUUUGGGAUGUUUAUUAAUUUGAAGUCAAAAGUCAAAUUUUUCCAUUAACAACAAUGAAAAUCCAGUUUAUAAAUUUUUACUGUUUAAACGCAGUUUAAAGUUGCCAAAAGAGUCACCAAUUAUUUCUCGGUGAACCAGUCUAAUCGAAUUUUUAAGUUUUGGAAAUUUUCUUAUUAUUUAUGCAAUGCAUGUAAACAUACGUUAUGCUCUCAUGUUCUACUGUAGUUUUCACCAUGUACUUAGUAUUUUUAUAUAUAUAUAAUUUUUUCUGUGAAUCUGUUAAACUUAGUCUUGUUAGAAAGUGCCUGUUAGUUGUUUUUUUUUCUUUUUAAUUAGUAAGGGGAAUCAUAUUUGAUUAUAUUAAAGUACAAAACUCAGCAUUUUUCAAUAUAAGAUUAUUUGCCCAUAACUGGUAAAUGUUAAUAAGAAAUAUUUUUAUGAAAAAAAAAUUAAAUAAAGUGUUGAGUGUGUACUUUUAUUCUGGGCUAACAAAUGUCUUAAUAUAUAUAUUUUUUUUAACUAGUUGUACCCAAGUGAUUUUAAGUGCUGGCCAGUUUUUAUUAUUUUAUUUUUUUGUUAUUUGUUGAGUUUUAGCAAUAGUUACGGUCAUGAUAAAAA